AUGGUGUUGGGGGUCUCAGCGUUUUUCAUCAGAAAGAGGAAAACAUCAUAUGCUCAGGGAAGAAAGAACCUCAAGGCUCUUAUUCCGCUGAAACAUUAUCGGUAUAGUGAAGUGAAGAGGUUUACAAAGUCAUUUGCUUGCAUAGUUGGGAAAGGAGGGUUUGGAACUGUUUACAAAGGAAACCUUCCUGAUGGUCGUAAGGUCACAGCAAAGGUUUUGAAGGACUCUAAGAGCAAUGGUGAGGACUUUAUCAAUGAAGUCGCUAGUAUGAGCCAAACUUCUCAUGUUAACAUCGUUUCUUUGGUUGGAUUCUGCUAUGAAGGAUCCAAAAGAGUGAUUGUUUAUGACUUUCUAGAGAAUGGGUCUUUGGAUCAGUAUAUCUCAACAAAGGCCUCGUCAAGUGCAGAAUGGAGAAGGCGGCUUUACGAGAUUGCACUAGGAGUUGCUCGUGGUCUUGAGUACUUGCACUAUGGCUGCAAAACAAGGAUUGUGCAUUUCGACAUUAAACCUCAUGAUCAAAAUGUGUUGUUGGAUGACAACCUUUGCCCCAAAGUUUCAGACUUUGGCCUCGCUAAGCUCUGCGAGAAGAAAGAGAGCAUCAUGUCGCUGCUGGACACAAGAGGAACAAUAGGUUACAUUGCCCCAGAAAUGAUCUCCGGAGUUUAUGGAAGUGUGUCUCACAAGUCGGAUGUUUACAGCUAUGGAAUGUUGGUUCUUGAGAUGAUCGGUGCAACGAAUAAAGAUAGAGUCCAAAACGCUGCUUCAAAUACUAGCUCGGUUUAUUUCCCGGAUUGGAUCUAUAAGGAUCUUGAAGAUGGACAACACAGUAAGCUUUUUGACGAUGAACUAACCAGAGAAGAAGAAGAUAUCACAAAGAAGAUGAUCUUGGUGGCUCUAUGGUGUAUUCAGUCGUAUCCAUCAAAUCGACCAUCCAUGAACAGAGUUGUAGAGAUGAUGGAAGGAAGCUUGGAUGCUCUUGAAGUCCCUCCUCGGCCUGUUUUGCAAAUUCCCACACCACCUCUUCAAGGAUCUUCAUCAACACUUUCAGGGGAUAUAUCGGUUUACAAAGAAGGAUUAUCCAAGUAG